AUGGUUAAUAAUUACUUGUUAAUUGUUGUUUUGCUGCAAAUUAUUGUUGUUAUUCGUGGCGGCUUUAAAAUGUACUCAGAACCGGUUAAUUGGUACCAAGCGUUAAUUAAUUGCAAAACAAAUAACACUGAAUUAGCUAGUAUUUCUGCUGGAAAUUAUCAAAAUGAGCUGGAAGAAUUUUUGAAAAAUAAUAAUGGUCUUGGAAAAAUUUUUUGGCUCUCUGGAACCAAAGAAGGCAACGGCAAAUAUUAUUGGGCCGGUACGGGUUCCAAAAUGGAUUACAUGAAAUGGGCCGUAGGACAACCGGACGACUACAAACAAGCUAUGAAUUAUAACGAGGGCGAACAUUGUGUGGCUAUUAUGGACGACGGUUGGACUGAUUUGACUUGUUUCGAACAAUAUCCUUAUAUUUGUCAAGAACAAACUUGUUGA